CAGAGAUAUGGUCAGGAGCGCAACCGUUAGUGGCUUGAAGGACCCACAUCUAACCACCAGCACCUCCUUUCCUUUUGUGAGUCUCAGUCCCGCUCCCCUUCUCUCCUCCACAGCAAGGAUGUUAAGAUGCCCAUUCACGGCCUCCCCACUACCCUGCUCUGUCUCGCCCUCUGGCCCCUGUGGAGCCUCCUAAUGCCCGCCCUCUGCCACCCUGACCACAGCCCCUGCAGACUGACCCAAAAGACUGCGCUCUGUAGCGACAGUGAGCUCUCGUCUGUGCCGGAGGGCUUACCUGACAACAUAGAAGACCUCCACCUGAACCACAACCACAUUCAGACGCUGCAAGAUGACUCCCUCUCCCGCUACAUCUCCCUUCGUACUCUAAGCUGUGCAGACAACCGCUUGGAGACAGUGGGGUCCAAGCUCUUUCACAACUCACCUCAUCUAGAGAGCCUCAAUCUAGCUGCCAAUAAACUUCACGUUGGAUACCAGCAAACUAGUCUGGCGCUGCUCACCUUGUCUAGACUCAGAGUUCUGGAUCUGUCAGAAAACCAGCUUACGGACAACAUGGCCUCCGUCCUCCUCCAGAACAUGACGUCCCUGGAGUACCUCAACCUUUCCAGGAACCUCCUGCUGAGGCUGGAUGAAAGCUCCUUCGGCGACCUCCACCAGCUCAGAGAGCUGGACUUGCAGAGGAACAUGCUGUUUGAGAUCGACGCGUCCUUCGACCACCUGCACAAGCUCCAGAGACUCAACCUGGCCUUCAACUACCUGCCCUGCCUGGUGGACUUCCACAUGACCCAGCUGGUGGUCCUCAACGCCAGUCACAAUUCCAUAGAGUGGUUCAUAGCCAACCAGGACCGCCAAGAAGUCUUCAAGCUGGAGACCCUGGAUCUCACCGACAACAACCUCCUCUUCUUCCCCUUCCUGCCCACCCACAGCCGCCUGAGGAACCUCCAUCUGUCCCAGAACAGGGUGAGUUUCUACGAACACCUGGCGGACACCGCUGCCUACCCGAACUGGACCACCAGUGUCCAGUUCUACAACCUGAGGGGCAACAUGAGCAACGUCACGGCCAAGUUGUGGGAUGAGAGCCUGCACGGGGACAUCUCCUCUCUAGACCUGCUGGAUCUGAGUGGAAAUCAGGUGGGUUACUUCCCCCAAGGGUUCAUCAGCAAAAUGCCAAGCCUGGCCAGACUCAGGAUGCGGACAAACUGUCUUGAGGUCUUGAAUCUAACUCUGGAAAAGCUGCCGGGAUUGUUGUACGAGUUGGACGUGAGCAACAAUAUGUUGACAGAGCUCCAUGCUGACCAAAGUAGUUUGAGGAAGCUAGGCAACCUGAGCUAUCUGAACCUGAGCCAGAAUGACCUGCAGAGUCUCCCUGCUCAGCUGUUCUCCUCUCUCACCAGCAUCAGCUCUGUGGAUAUUAGCUACAACAGAGUUGGCAUAUGCCCCCUUGGGGAGGGGGGUGUGGGCAUGGGUGGGGGUGGGGGUGGGGGUAAGCAAUCAGACUGUGUCGUUUGGAGAAACAUAACUUCUCUUAGACAUCUCCACCUAUCAGGGUGCAACCUGGGGAGGCUGCCAUCAUCAGCGUUCGUUGGGACACCCCUAACACAUCUGGAGCUGUCUAACAACCCAGAACUCAUCAUCGGGACCAGAUCAAUAGUAGGCCUUAGCAGAACUUUACACCAUCUAGGAUUGGGAAACACUGGCACGAGAGACUUUAACUUCUCUCCUUUCCACCACUUGCGGUCUUUGAACAUUUCCAGAAACUCUCUUACUCAGCUCCCUGCUUCACUGCUACACCUGGAGCUGAGGCUGCUGGACCUGAGGGACAACAGACUGACCACCGUCCCCUCGGCUCAGGCUAACGUGUUAGCCCCGAAACUCCGCACUCUUUUUCUCAACGGAAACACUUUCAACUGCUGCCAGUUGGACUGGUACAGGACGUUCGAGAGGGCAAAAACAGUCACUAUCAUGGACCUCUCAGAUAUUUCAUGUCAGGAUCUGACCAAAAGGACACACAGAGUGAUGCUUGUAGACUCCCUUAUAUGUGGUGGUAUUGAGGGUGAGUCUGUGUACUGGUACAUCCUGUUGUUUAUCGUACCUGUUCUCUGUCUGGUUGGGAUGUCUGUUAUCUUCCUGCUUACCUUCAGGCCCAGACUGCUUCCCAUGGUCAUUAAAAAUAAAUGCUGGAGUCACCUUCCCUGUGUUGUGGAAGAAAGGUCACACAAAGAAGACUCUGGCCGUGUCGAAAUACCCAUAAUGCAGUUGUAAAUAGUAGGCAUUUUAGGUAUGCGAAAAAUAUAAUGUUUUAUAGUAUGUGAAAUUACAAAAAACAAGUAUGCUUUAAAUGCCAGGAUGUUAUGUUACUUUUGAGGAAGAUUAUUGUCUUUCCAGGCGUGUGUUUGACAACAGCUGAUAAUGAGAUAAGGGGACGCGUUGUAUGAAUGAAUGAUGGGAAUCAACGCAAUUGCACAUUAGAUGACUCAUUCUCGGGAAUGGAUGAACCUACCAUGUUGAUAUUUGUUGCUUACUGCAUUCGUUUUUACUAAACAGUACGUAUGUAGUACGAUUAGUACACAGUAUGUAGUUUUAGUAAGUAGCAGGCGAGACAGAUUUCGGACACGGCCAUAGUUACAAAUUACAAUUAUGUCAAAGUGUGAUGUUUUGCACAUACAGUAUCAAUACAAUUCCAAGUCGGAAACAAACGUUUCCUUACAAAGCAAUUGAGUUUAGGUCAUUAAUAAAAAUUUCAUAUUACAUAUGGUGAUAUCUCACAUUGAAAAAAACAUAAAACAAACAUAUCCUGCUAAAAUAUACCAGAAGUGAUAAAGAACUGCGUGUUAUAACGUUCAGCAGCAAGUCAGGAUUUCCCAUGAAACCUUUUUUUUGCAUUGUGAUAAUCUGAAGGUGCUGCGUGUGGUUGGUUCACACCAUCCCUGCCUCUGGGGACCUGAUGUGAGAAUGUGGCUAUGUACUCACCAUGUGUUUGUGUGCGUGCGGUGUGUGUCUGUGCGUGCGGUGUGCGUCUGUGUGUGCUGUGUGCGCAGAAGUCUUGUGAUGCAAACUGUUGCUAAAAGCGGCAGAGGAAACAUGACAUUUCCUGUUUUUUUGUUGAGAUGUGCAUCAACUGCCCAGUUUUGUAUCUCACUCAGAAAGGACGGGUUGGCGGUUUUCACCUUAAGUCAUAUUUGUGAGGCACAGCUGCAACUCUGGUCACAGGGACCACAAUAAGGUUGAUCUCCAGUAUUCCACCAAUAUACCUUUGAAAGAUACCAUUUUUGUAUUUGGACCAGGGUACAACUACAUCCUUCAAAUGUACUAUGUCAGUCCUAUAGAGAAAUACCAUAUUAUAUAUCUAUGGUCAGUCCUAUAGAGAUAUACCAUAUUCUAUAUCUAUGGCAGUCCUAUAGAGAAAUACAUUUUACAUUUUACAUUUUAGUCAUUUAGCAGACGCUCUUAUCCAGAGCGACUUACAG